UGAAAAAUCAGUAUAAAAAAAGAAAAAAAUGAUUAAAACUGAUAAAUAUAUUCAAUAACCUCUUGCGAGUAACAUGAUACAUAUUAUAAGUACCUUUCGUUUAUUUUUUCUAGUAUAAUCGUUAAUUGUUUAAGAAAGUCAUCUCAUUAUUAAGUGUCAGCAUGUAAAAGAACAACUCAUUCUGCAUUAGCCGGGCAAUUAACCUUGGCGACGUCCGAGAACCAAAGCGUUCCCUAACCGGGAACGUGUGGCUCGGUAGUAUGGUGAAUAGGAUAGUCGACUAUAAGAAGUCAGGGGACGAACCGACUACGAGAAGAACUUAAGAAUAAGUUUAGACAGGUAGUUAAGUUUUUUUAUUAAUACCAAUAGCGUUACUAUCAAAACACACACCAUGGCCCCAACUAUCGUCUUAAUUAGCGGCGCGAACCGAGGAUUAGGCAAAGGGCUCCUUGAGCUCUACCUAGCUAGGCCGAACCAUAUCGUCAUUGCCGCGAUUCGCAACCCAGAUCACCCUACGUCAAAAGCUCUUGCCGAGCUACCCAAAGGGGAAGAUACUCGCCUCGUUGUUAUUAAGAUCGAUGCCUCCGUUGAAUCUGAUGCUGCCGAGGGUAUCAAACAAUUAACUGUACAGGGUAUCGACCAUAUCGAUAUCGUCAUUGCGAACGCUGGUGUCUGCUACGUCUUCCCCAAGGUGUCGGACAUUAAGACUGCAGAUCUAGAAGGACAUCUUACUCCUAACCUUUUUGGUGUGGUAUGGUUAUACCAGGCCGCAAUUCCGCUCCUAAAGAAGUCUACGAAUCCUAAGUGGAUAACUAUGGGCUCUGUCGGAGGAAAGAUAGUGGAUCAACCUGAUGUCCCCCACGCCGCUUACGGACCGUCAAAGGUUGCGGUUCAUUGGGUAACCAAGCGUAUCGACAAGGAAGAAAACUGGCUCACGGCAUUUGUGAUUCACCCUGGCUUAGCAGACACCGACAUGGGCCAAGUCGCUCUUGCAGGCCUCGUAGCAGUCCACGACAACAUUCCAGUAAAACUUAUAACGGUCGAAGAAUCAUGCCGGGGAAUGAUAAAAGUAAUCGACGCAGCCACAAAAGCCACGCACGGAGGGAGACUCAUAGCCUAUACUGGGGAUGAGGACACAUGGUAGAUAGGGCCGGAAUUGAGGAUGAAUGAAUGUUUGCUAUUGCAAACCCAUAUGUCUCUUAAUACAUACGGAGAUCUGCCAUACCCGCUAAACUCUUUGAAGGGGGAAAGGAAUAGUUGCUUGGGAACUUGUAUGGGCCAUGGCAAGUUGAUAGUAGAUGUAUAUAGCUACCUACCUUAGGUAUAGUUAUGAGGGACAUAUGCUGCA